CUCGUCUAUGCAACUCCUAUAUAAAAAGAUAAACCCAUCUUCCAAUCCAAGUCAACACAACAAUACUACAACACCCAAAACAAAGAAAAAGCUUCACUACUCCUAACUCUUUUGGUUCAGCCUAAGGAACACAAAACCCUUUGAUAAAAAUGGUUGAUAUCCAAAGCACCCGUUUCGUCUACCGACCAGACCAACAGGCUCUCUCACCUCAACCACGGACUCCAUUCUCAGCCGUGACUGCGCACCGUGCUACAGCCAUACGACAGUGCCGCCUCAUGAUCUCUGUCACAACCCUCGAAAUGAUCCUUGAGGAAGAGAUAACACCAGAAGAAGGUCAUCCAAGCAUUGCCCCUGCGAUGGAUUCUCUUGCGGUGUUUCCGGUGACCUCUUGUUUCUAGGACAUCAAGAAACAAGUCUCUUUUUUCUGUUUUUUACCGAAGUUGCAAGUGCCCUUUUAAUAGUUAAGUUAGUGAUGUUUGAUGUCAUUUAUAGCUUGGUGUUUUGUUUUCAGAAGUCAGUUCAAGUUUUUCUUCUUCUUUUAUAGUUUCCACCAGAAAAUAAUUAAUCUUGUGAAACUGUUGUUUGAAAGUAUGUUCUUAUUGGUUUUCACAACCGAAAAGAACAUAUUUUUUCUUUGUUGAAUUAAUAAGAAUUUACUUCUGUUAUAUUCUUAUUAAAAUAUCUGUUUAUUUGUUUUACCGGUUAAUGCUUAGAUGUUAUCUUUCAGGUAGUUGAAGACUUGAAAGUUAUGUAAACCAGUAAGAUAUAUUUAAUUUCUUAACCAAAAUUUUAAUCUUGAUUUUUGAUAC